CAACGGGUGAAGGAGGAGGUGGAGAGGAGGGAGAGGUGCGGACGACGCAGGCAGGCAGACAGCUGACUGGGAGCCCUGGCCCUCCGCCUCUGACAGAAUGUGGGAGAGCAGGAAGUGAUGCGGGGGCUCCAUUCACUGCAGACAUGGUGAGCUGGGGGUUGGGGUGACCCGGUAUUGGGGGGAGGGAGCUGGGCCCCCCCUUACAGACUGUGAGGACCCCUCUGUUACAGGGUCUGGGGUAGGAGGAGGCCGGCAGGAAGAUGGAUCUGCUGUGAUCCUGUGGCUGGCAUAGAGUCCCAUUGUACUGCAAGAACUGGGUCCAGUGGCUGGAUCUAUCAUGAACCACUGGCUGGGUCCUACGUGAACCAGUGGCUAGCGCGGAGCUGGGUCCGACGUGAACGAGUGGCUGGCGCGGAGCUGGGUCCGAAGUGAACCAGUGGCUGGCGCGGGGCUGGGCCCGACGUGAACCAGUGGCUGGCGCGGAGCUGGGUCCGACGUGAACCAGUGGCUGACGCGGGGCUGGGUCCGACGUGAACCAGUGGCUAGCGCGGAGCUGGGUCCGACGUGAACCAGUGGCUGGCGCGGAGCUGGGUCCGACAGGAACCAGUGGCUGGCGCGGAGCUGGGUCCGACGUGAACCAGUGGCUGGCGCGGGGCUGGGUCCGACGUGAACCAGUGGCUGGCGCGGAGCUGGGUCCGACAGGAACCAGUGGCUGGCGCGGAGCUGGGUCCGACGUGAACCAGUGGCUGGCGCGGGGCUGGGUCCGACGUGAACCAGUGGCUGGCGCGGGGCUGGGUCCGACAGGAACCAGUGGCUGGCGCGGGGCUGGGUCCGACGUGAACCAGUGGCUGGCGCGGGGCUGGGUCCGACGUGACCCAGUGGCUGGCGCGGGGCUGGGUCCGACGUGACCCAGUGGCUGGCGCGGGGCUGGGUCCGUCGUGACCCAGUGGCUGGCGCGGGGCUGGGUCCGACGUGACCCAGUGGCUGGCGCGGGGCUGGGUCCGUCGUGACCCAGUGGCUGGCGCGGGGCUGGGUCCGUCGUGACCCAGUGGCUGGCGCCGAGCUGGGUCCGUCGUGAACCAGUGGCUGGCGCCGAGCUGGGUCCGUCGUGAACCAGUGGCUGGCGCCGAGCUGGGUCCGUCGUGAACCAGUGGCUGGCGCCGAGCUGGGUCCGACGUGAACCAGUGGCUGGCGCCGAGCUGGGUCCGACGUGAUCAGUGGCUGGCGCCGUGUGAUCCAGUAGUUGGCAAAAAAAAGCCUUAUCUGUAGUUAUCCAUUGAUCGACAAAGAGCCUUAUCUGGCUUGAUCCAGUGGCCAACACUGAGUGGUGUCUGGCUUUAUCCUGUCGCUGACACAGAGCUAUAGCUGGAGGAAUCCAGUGGCUGGUAUUUCUUUGCAUCCUCCAUUGCAUUGCAGAGAGCUGCAUCUAGCAAUCUACAGUGGCUGCAGAGAAUUGGAUCUGAUGUGAUCUGGUAGCUGGGAGAUAUCUGGAAUGGCAGUUUUUUACUUAAUCCAACCUUUUUUGAUAAAAUAUGCGCACACAUCAAGCCCUGGGGACAUUAUCAUGAUCUUGAGAUAAUUCCCCACAAAGGACCCAAAAAACCUGAUCUUUUUUAAAAUCAGUAGUUGCUUAAAUAAGAUUCCAAACCUCCAUGUUUUUACAAUAUUGAUGCACCCCAUAUGUUCCUGCAAAGCUGGAGUGACAUGUCAUGACAUGUUUCCAGCAUGGUAUAUAAUAUGCAGUUUGACUAAAAAGUGGGUUUCAGUGUUUUGAAAUGUUGGCAUACAAAGUUUAGUUGGCCCAUUUGUUGUCACAUUACUUCUAGUUAUUGCUAUUGAUUCACAAGCAAUUUAAUUUCUGUGUUUGUAAUCAUUCUAACUCUAUAUUAAGUAUAAAACACACUGGUCAUGAUUACAGAGUUUAUUCAAUUUUCAGGUUAGAGCAACUCAUUGAUUUCGGUGUUUAUAUAGGUGUAUGCAGUUGUAAGCACAUAGGACUAGAUUCAUUCUAGGAUCCAGAUAGCCCUGUUUGCCCAUAUUUUCUAAUUUAUUGGCUCCCAAAAUAAAAAUUUUCCUAAAAAUUUUUGUAUCUUUUCCCAAGCUCAUAAAUAAUGUUAUUUAUAUAGCAAAAUUACUGUGUGCGAUGAACAAAACAGUUUCGAGUAUAACAGGGGUUUGCAGGCAGGCUUAAAUAAAUUGAGUGUCCAGUACCAAAAGUUGCACUUAAUGGUUAAAUUUGAACAUUAUAGGAAUAUCCCAUAUAUUCUAGGGAUUUAUUAAAUUGCAUGAAAAAACGAAGUGCACAUGGCUUAGUCUAAAGACUUAUUACCUGCAGUAUUUCUUUUUGGGAAGUUAAUCGGUUUCUGUUUUUAUUUCUCUGUAUACAUAUUCAUAUGUAUAAGUACUUGCUCCCUAAGAUGUGAGCUAUUUAUUAUUUUUGGUAUUUUAUAUAGCGCCAAUUUAUUCCACAUCGUUUUACAAAAUUAUAAAAGGGGGAAAUUUAACAAUGAGACAAUUACAAAAUGUUACGGGAACAAUAAGUUGAGGAGGACCCUGCUCAACAAGCUUACAGUCUAGAGGAGUUGGGGGAUAGCAACCAAACAACAAGUUGGGAAAGUAGCAGAACUUGAGGUGAGAGUGGCCCAUUAAGAGGGAGCAAGAGAUAUGCUUGUAAAACAGAAGUUACUCUGGGGGGCCGAAAGCUUUUCUGAAGCGAUGGGUUUUGAGGGGCUUCUUAAAUGAUUGAAUACUAGGGGAGAGUUUAUAGGGGUAGGCUGGCUGUUCUAAAGGAAAGGAGCCAUCCGUGAAAAGCGCGAGUUAGCAGUAAGGGUCCGAGCAGUGGACAGGAGAAGGUCUCCGGCAGAGCGGAGAGACUGAGAAGGGGCGUACCUACGAAUUGGUGAAGAUACUUUAAAAACUUAUUGAAAACCCUAACUUAAAUUUUGAAAAUUCAUACACUUUCAGCCUGAUUGUGCUUUUAUCAGUACACAUGAAACAGGCUGAAGGUGUUUUGUUUUUUCUUCAGUCAGAAUUUUAGAUUUGUUGAUUUGUAUUUCAAAAUGAAAUAUUGACAACUAAAAUUGGGUUUGGUUGAUAUAUUGCAAAUGAAAAUUAUGCAUUUCUUUCAUUGAGCUUGUAUCCAAAAAACACUUCCAAAAAUUGCAUAUCUCUUGUUUAAACCCUUUGCAAGGCAUUCCCCUCUAACCCUGCUCAGACUUUCUGUGGCUGUCCACUUUUUUUUUUUCACACUUUUUCCAAUGCAGCUCAAUGAGAAGUAUUUGCAAGGCAGGUGUUCUGGGCAAUUGCUGCCUCUUGAGUUUAGCUCAACUUACCUAAAAUAACAGGACAUGUUGUCGUAUUGACAGCUUGGGGGUUGUAACAAUGAUUUUUUUUUAAUAAAAGUAAUAAUUUUUAUUGGAAUCUCUAUGAGUAAAAUUCUGCAUCUCCAUGCAGUGCGUGGGGACGUUGAACGUCAGGGCUGCUUUUUUUGGCAGCGCUGACCCAGGAAGCACCUCCAGUGGCCAUCUGAGGAGUGGCAACUUGUCCCUAGAGGCAAUGUAAACACUGCCUUUUUCUGAAAAGGCAGAGUUUGCAUGAAAAAAGCCUAAAGGGAACUAUUAUACUCACCAGAACGACUACAUUAAAGGGACACUAUAGUCACCAGAACAACUACAGCUUAUUGAAUUUGUUCUGGUGAGUAAAAUCAUUACCUUCAGGCUUUUUGCUGUAAACACUGUCUUUUCAGAGAAAAUGCAAUGUUUACAUUAUAUCCUAGUGAUAAAAUCACUGGCCACACCUCAGCUGGCUGUUAGAGAUCCUUCCUAGGUCAUGGCUGCCUAAAAUGCAUCCAAACAUUCAGUGUCUCCUCCAUCUGCAUGCAGACACUGAACUUUCCUCAUAGAGAUGAAUUGACUCAAUUAAUCUCUAUGAGGAAAGUGCUGAUGCUGAUUGGCCAGGGCCGUGUUUGAAUCAUGCUGGCUCUGCCCUUGAUCUGCCUCCUUGUCAGUCUCAGCCAAUCCUAUGGGGAAGCAUUGUGAUUGGAUUAGGCUACCACUUCUGAUUAUGUUAGCAGACUGCUUCUUUAUUUGAGGCAAACAGCAUGCAAAGCUACAGCUUCAGGCUUUAAAUACAGUAUGUUUUUACUAUAUUUAUGGAGGCAUGAGGGGCCCAGGGGGGCUAGAUGGUGGUUUUCAUACUAUAGAGUCAGGAAUACAUGUUUGUGUUCCUGACCCUAUAGUGAUCCUUUAAGCUGUAGUUGUUCUGGUGACUAUAGCAGGGCUUGACAAAUUUGUUUGGAAUAUAGGAGCCAGGUAAAAACGUUAGGAGCCAGUAAUUUUCAACGAGAAAGUGCAAUUCUUAAAGGGACACUAUAGUCACCAGAACCACUACAGCUUGAUGUAGUUGUUCUAGUGUCUAUAGCCUGUGCCUGCAGGCAUUUCAGUGUAAACGCUGCCUUUUCCGCAAAAAGGCAGAGUUUACAUUGCUGUUUAGUAACACCCCUAGUGACAGUCACUCAGCCACUAGAGAGUCCUGGGUCACUGCUGCACCACGUGCAGCACCCUGGUUCAGUGUCUCCAAGCAUUGCCUUAGCUGAGAUCAUAAAGAUUGAUCAUCUCAGCCAUGGCGAAGCUGGCACGGCGUGGGAAAUGGGAAGAAAGGUGAGUAAAAACAUGUGCGAUCGGAGGGGGCAGGUACCUAAACGCACACACGCUGACAACAGGCGCUCACAAACAAACUCUUGACAGGCUCACACACACACGCAUUGACAGGCUCACACACACACGCAUUGACAGACUCAUACACACACACACACACACACACACACACACAUUGACAGGCUCACUCAUAUACACACACACACGCAUUGACAAGCUCACUCAUACACACACACACAUUAACAGGCUCACUCAUACACACACACACACACAUUAACAGGCUCACUCAUACACACACACACAUUGACAGGCUCACUCAUACACACACACACAUUGACAGGCUCACUCAUACACACACACACAUUGACAGGCUCACUCAUACACACACACACACUGACAGGCUCACACACACACUCACACACACUCUGAUGGGCUUACACGCACACACAUUUUUGUUUGAAUUGAAACCCACUCAACCUCCCUACCUUUGGGAGAGCCGAGUGAGUCUUUCCUGAGGUCCAGUGGGGUUGCACUCUUCCUGUGUGCGAGGGAGCAGUACUAAGCCUGUAGCUCCUCUCUGCUCCCUCGCGCUCUGUAAUGAUGCUGGGGCCGGAAUGACGUAAUAUUCUGGCUCCCGACAUCAUUACAGAGCGAGGGAGCAGAGAGCAGCUGCAAACAGAGUACUGCUCCCGCAGACGGCCGCCUCCUCCAUGCUCUUCAGGGCGGCCACCCACCUCCAUGCUCCUGCGGGCGGCCUCCUGCAAUAUUCCCCAUGGCGGCCGCCGUCGUCAAAACUAGAGAGUUGGCAAAUCCCAGACGCCAGGGUGAAAUUUCUAGUUGCCAUGGCAAUCUGGUGCCUGGAAUUUGUCGAGCCCUGGACUAUAUUGUCCCUUUAAGGCUAGUUUUACAUAUCUAGCAUGUAGAUAUCUAACUUUUGGCCACCUCUUGUUAUUAUAGAUGGACUGAUUCAGGUAUUGGACACUUUUGUUUACAGUUACUGACUUUAUCUCUUUAUGUGAAAAGUCAUUCUUACAUUAUGUAAGAUAUGGAAGGUUCAUUGUUAAGUUUUUGGGGAAUGUUUUUCCUCCAAACACUGUAGUGCUAAGAAAUGUGCUUGAUUAGUGUGCUCUACAUUAAGAUCGGCUCAUUCUAAACACUUUAAUCAAUGACAUGAUUUGAAUAUAUACCUGAAAAACCGAAGUCUGCAUUUGAAAAGGGUUUCGUUACUUUGUUUGGUUUAAUGUGGUGAUGCAGACAUGCUGACAAGCUCACUGUGCAUUUCAGAUAUCUCAAUAAAGAUGAUUAAAUGAUUACCUCUUUUGUCCAGAAAGCAUUCACGACUGCAGUCUGCCAGAUAGCAUUGUGUUCCUUUGUCAGUCCUACUGUGUGAAUUGUCAUACCCUAUAAUCAGGUGACCUGCUCUCUGUGCUGUUUUAUGAUCACAGCUUGCUGUCAUUUGGGCAAAGUUGUCGCAUAUUGUUAGACUCAUUUUCUUAAUUGCAGCUCUCCUCAGGCCGGUUGCUAAGGAAGGCAGGGUUACAAUGUGAUGCCUUUGCUGGUACAUGUGACAGUGCAACUCUUUUAGCAUACUGUUUCACUUAGUCAACCUCACCACAUAUUCUACUUGCAGAAAUGACACAUAGUCUGCUUUUUCAAUGAAAACAAUCCAUACUAUCUUUGUCAGAAUGUUAUGGAAGGGUGUAUUUGAUAAGUGACCUGCUUAAUAUGUUCUUUUGGUUUCAUGGAUGUAAAUUAUGUUUUUAGACUGAUACAGCAUAAUUAAUAAUGGUCUAUAUUUAUUUGUGUUUAGCGUUGAUUGACAAGAUACCCAUGUUAACAGGGGUGAAAGCGAUGCACACACAGAAAUUACGGGCUGCAUUCAAAUAUACAUUAUCCUUGUUCUAGGUGCUGGGCUCCAGAUUAAUCUGCCCCUUCCAAAGGGAAAACGAAAUGUAGGUCAUUCCUGAGUUGGCAGAAUGUAUUGGAUCAAUGGCAGCCAACCUCUAGCACUCCAGAUGUUGUUUAUAGCUGUUUGGGCAUUACGUCUGCAGCAUCGAAAGGUUCUCUAUCAGUGAUCUGAAUAUUUAUAGAACGAUGAGGGAAUGUAUAAAUAGCUAACCAAAUAGAAUGCUUUUCUCAGAAUUCUUCCACAUCUAUUUCAAGCAGGAUAUGAUGGCUUGUCUCAUAGUUUUAUUCUGCACAUAAACCAUAUUGCUUGCUCAGUCUAGCCAUUUAGUAUUCAGUUUUAUAUAUUUGGACCAGGAUUCUGAUAGCUUGAGAAAGACCUUAUAGAUCGAAACGUUGCUGCUUGUCAUUUAGUUAGAAUAAAAUUGCCUUCUUGGACUUUGGAGUGCCUAAACCUCUCUUUAUUAACUGCAUAUUGUACCUGGUGCUGGGUCCAGGUUUAGCUGCACCCUGGUUCAUAGUAAUGGGAUUGAGUGGUAGUUCCUAAUUUAUUUCAGAUUAAGAUUCUGGUAGUGACCCCUGGAAACCAAACACCACUUUUGUUUACUCAACAUCAUCGUUCUAAAAUGGAGGAAUACAUGUCGACUAGUCUAUAGGGAAUUUCUCCCCAGAUAUAUAAAAAAAAAAAAAAAAAUGCUCCCUUAAGGGAUAUUGGCUAGCUUUACAUUUAAAUAUCACCUGUUGAUUUUAUAUACACACACACAAACACAAACGCGCAGUUCUGCUCUGUGCGUGUGCAUAUGUUUUAACGUGAGUAGAGAAAAAACAGUUUUAUCGCUUUGUUUUCAGUUUUAUAACCAUUGCAAGAAUUGAGGGGAAAGGAACUAUUUUUACAGACAGUAGCAAGCGGCUUUUGUGACAUUAUGAUUGGUGCAGUAUAGAGGAAAGUUACAGUAGACUGCUCAAAUCCAUGUCUAUUUUUUAUUUUAUUUUUUUUAUAUAUCUUUAAAGGACCACUAUAGUGCCAGGAAAACAAACUCGUUUUCCUGGCACUAUAGGGUCUUUAGGUCCCCCCCACCCUCAGGGUCCCACUGGGCUGAAGGGGUUAAAACACUUACCUUUCUCCAGCGCCGGGCUCCCUCUGUGCUGGGUAACUGCCGAUGUCAGCACCGAAUGCACGUGCGCGGCAAGAGCCGCGCGCACAUUCAAACCGCCCAUAGGAAAGCAUUUCUCAAUGCUUUCCUAUGGACAUCCAGCGUCUUCUCACUGUGAUUUUCACAGUGAGAAGCGCGGAAGCGGCCUCUAGCGGCUGGCAGUGAGCCACUAGAGGCUGGAUUAACCCUAGGGUAAACAUAGCAGUUUCUCUGAAACUGCUAUGUUUACAGCUGCAGGGUUAACACUAGAGGGACCUGGCACCCAGACCACUUCAUUGAGCUGAAGUGGUCUGGGUGCCUAUAGUGGUCCUUUAAUAGAAGUGGCACAGAAAGCAGUAAACCUAUCAGUCCCUUAUCUGUGAAAAUGUUUUAAACGUUUUAUUUAAUUGAUUUCAAAUGAUUUUUAUUUUUGUUUACAGUGUUUUGUUACAAUUUUGCGAUGUGUUGGCAGGGUUGAAUAAAUAGACCUUCCAGAUUAUGAUGGGAUGGAAUCUCUCAAGGACAUGAAGGUGCACAUAUUUCAAUCCCCAUGUUUAGGAUUAGUUCUGAGAUAUUUUCCCCCCAGCUUGUAAUUGCUAGUUAGGUGGCUUUUGUGAUAUCCUUGUUUACAAUGAUCAGUUUGUCGAAUAUCAAAAUGACAGUCUUUUUUUAUAUGAAUCUUUUCACCCUGCAGUUCAUUGUUGACUUUUAAUGUAAUGUAAUGUUUGAGGUGCUCUGAAUAUGAUAGCAAUCAAUGAUCAACAAUUAAAUAUUUUUGGAUCUCUGGCACUUGAUUUUUGAACUCUUGGCCAUAGAGACUAUCAUUGCAAGAGGAUAAUGCUAUUGUAGAGCUGUCUACUACAUUUUGCUUCUUACAUCUUUCAGAACCAGAGAUCUGAUGCUGUAAGGAUUUAUACUAACUAGCCUGAUUUACAGAGCUUAGUUCAGAAGCUACUGGAAACCUUAAAAGAUGGAGUCAGAAAUAGCAAAUUGUAUAACAUGCUAUCCUAUCCUAUUGUGUUUUACACCCCACCUCCUAUAGACUGUAAGCUCGUUUGAGCAGGAUCCUCUUCAACCUAUCAUUCCUGUAAGUUUUCUUGUAAUUGUCCUAUUUAUUGUUAAAUUCCCCCUCUUAUAAUAUUGUAAAGCGCUAUGGAAUCUUAUGGCGAUGAUAAUAAUAUAACACUGGUCAUUACAUGAUCAGGUUUAUUGAAACCUCAAUGGAAGUAAUAGUGUCUGCAAGCAAACCAAUGUAAUUGAUAAAAAGAACGAGGUAGCAAAAAAAUAUGGCAGGAGGUGACCAGGAACUCUCCAUCUAUUGGAGGAUGGAACCCAGGAUCAGAGCAAUACUGGAGAUACAAAGGAGGAUGAGACACUUAAGGACACAACUUCUGGAAUAAAAGGGAAUCAUGACGGAAUAUUUCCGUCAUGUGUCCUUAAGGGGAUAAAUGAUGCCUAUGACUGGAACAAAAACCUAUUGUAAAUGCUUCUUGCCUUACUAUUACUAGAAGAAUUGGGACCAAAAGGUAGCUGUAUGGUUGAGCACAAGACGUUAAAGGGACACUAUAGUCACCAAAAUAAGUUUAGCUUAAAGGAGCACUGUAGUGCCAGGAAAAUAAACUAAUUUUCCUGGCACUAUAGGUUUAUUAGGUACCCCCCCUCUUUUAGUGCCCCCCUCCCGCUGGGCUGAAGAGGUUAAAACCUCAAUGCUUUCCUAUGGACGUCCAGCGUGCCCUCAAUGCGAUUUUCGUGAUACAGUCACUAGUGGCUGGAUUAACCCUCUAGGCAAAAAAUAAUGGGGGUUUGGUUACAUUAUAUGAUCAUACAUUGCAUACGCCUGCCACAAUGUCAAUGUACCCCAUCUUUGGCAGGUCCUACUCUAACUGCUAAAUGAGCUACUCACUUGGGGAAAUCCUUCCAUCUUGAGUUCUCUGCAGUACAAGGCUAAAAAGGAUCCUGGGAUGAGGCACCUGUGACCCGUUUUUUCUCUCCAAUUUUUUACUCUGUGUGUGUGUGUAUAUAUAUGUUGAUGGCUUGGCACUCUCCUUAACAGGAUUUAAAAUAUACCUGCCUGGGUGCAAUCCACAGUGCGUCCAAUAUGUACACGAAGAAAGAUCCAGGAUGCACUGCCAGGUCUUUUACCAAAGUAUAGUGAGAUUUAUUUAAAGGAUGUGCAUACAGCAAACAAAAACAACGUUUUGUUUCUUGAAAAAGACCCUCAGGGGUCGAUGUUUCGACCCCUGAGGGUCUUUUUCAAGAAACAAAACGUUGUUUUUGUUUGCUGUAUGCACAUCAUUUAAAUAAAUCUCACUAUACUUUGGUAAAAGACCUGGCAGUGCAUCCUGGAUCUUUCUUCGUGUGUGUAUAUAUAAUAAAUAUAUAUAUUUCGUAACUGAAGCUGACACACAUUUUGGAGUAUGACAAGUCCACUCUAAUGCAAAACCAAAUCGUGCAGAGGGAACUUGCUGGCAUUUCGGAUCUGGACUGCCCGUACGGGUGGGACCAGUCUGAUAUGCUUCAGAUAUGUUCUCUCUGUAAUGGCACGAGUUGAGCUCAAACCAGCUUGAGAUCUGAGCAGGGACCCACCGAAGGGCAGGCUAUUUCAGCUGCUGUCCAUUCUCUGUAUACUCUAGCGCCCUGUUUUUUUGCUUUCCAAAACCAAAUUACAAUUUAUUUUAAAAAAAUCUGUUCAAAAGUGGUCCUGUCGCAUUUGAAAAAGUCCAUAAUGUGAAAUUGCAUUCCUUGCAUACUGCUACAUGCGGUGGCAUUUUCAGUGCCUAUUUAACAAGCAAUGACUGUUCAGUUCGAUCAGAAACAUAAAUACUGCUUAGAAUCCUACUCCUCGUGACUUGGGAUGACAGAUUUUAAAUAUAAAUGCUACUUUCACUAAAACACCUUGUAGGUUUAAUCAGUCCCACAGGAGUAAUAGUGAGUUAGAAAACAGGAAAGUUAAAAACACACAGUUAAUGUGUGGCAUACAUUAUACUAGGUAAGGUUUCCCUCUUUCUAAACCUCUACAUUUCAUGAAACUAUUCCUAGAGAAACCACAGACGAUCAUCUAUCAGUGGAUUAAUAAAUGUAUUCUGUGUUCAAUUGAUAGAACUGUAGUGUUUCCUCUCUGUAAGAGUUCCGUUUGCUGAGUUUUUCUGUUUAUAACAACUUACCAUGCGCUCUUAAAGAGUGAAAAGUGGUGGAAUUAAUCACUUGACUAUAUUGUGAAUUUAAAUUGUAUUACAAAAUGCUUAAACUGAAAUUCUAGCUGACUUGCAGAUUUAUUUCCAGUUUGGAUAUUUGGGUGUCAAAUGUGGAAUUACUUGCAAUUCACAUUUUACUAAAUAGCCCUGAAUAUGUAUUUGGGCGUUGGCUUAUCCACAAGGGCAGAUAUUUAUUUAAGGUUAGGUCCUUAUUUUCAUCUAUUAAGGUAGCACCAUAGCCACUACAGUGCACUGCAGUGGUUAUGGUGCCAGGAGUGUAAUGUAAGUAUUCAAACCGUUUUCGAACAGUUUGACUUCAUAACUGGGUGCCAAUCCCUGCCUCCAUUACAGCCAUCUCUCUAGCCGGUAACUAUAUGUCUGAGCUAAGCCCAGUGUUGCAGAGCUUAGCUCAUUGGCUGAGAGCAAUCAGCUGUCACUCUCAGCCAAAGAACUAGCAUUGCACUACAAGACUUAGCCUGAAGCUGAGAGGAGACAGGUCCCCAGGUAACAUGUCAAAUGGAUUAAAAGCAUUAAAGGUUUACUAUAGUCACCAGAAUCACUGCAGUUUAAUGUAGUGGGUCUAAUAUCUAUAUGCUGUCCCUGCAGGCUUUUCAUACAACCACUAGAGGUGCUUCCUAGUGCAGUGAUGCACAGUGUGCAGCACCUACGUUCAACGUCUCCACAUGGAGGCUCUGAACGUUCCCUAUAGAGGUGCUUUGAUUCAUUGCAUCUCUCUAUGAGGAGAUGCUGAUUAGCUCAGCAUUUUACUGUGCAUGUGCAAUAGGGUCCCAAUGCUUUCCUGUGGGAAAGCAUUGGAUUUGCUCAGAUCAAGAUUGAUUCUAAACCAGGAAGGCUGGGCCAGCCAUGGCAUAGCAAAACACCUUUACCAUGCGAUUGGAUGGGGACCGGUUACCUGAAUAGUAUAACAUUAUAGUGUGAGGGAUAUAAGUUUUAUUCCUGACACUAAAGUGUUCCUUUAAAUUUACACACAAAGAAGAUUAUAACCAAACGUUAACUUGCAGAUAAUAAAUAUAUUCUGAUGUGACACACCAGAUGUUUUAUGCAAAGUAUAAGUGUUUUUUGUUGUUGUUUUUUGUAAUGUGGCUUUUUGUGGCCAUGAACAUGUCUUGUAUUUUUAGAAUUUAAGUAUCAAUACUUACACACACAAACUGAUUUGACACACACAUUUUAUGACGCAUUAACAAAUUAUUGUGUGGUUUAUUUUAGCUAUCACUGGGAGAGCUGGAGUGAAUGAAUCCUUUCCCUGGUGUCCAGUGUGGCUGCUAUGAUCCUGUAAUCUUCAAGCUCUUCUUGCUGUACUCACUAACUUGCUGUUUAGCGAUGCCGUGGCCGGAGUGAUGUCACAUCCUGGUUCCCUGCAUCACAGCAAGGCGCGCAAAUAGUAGAAUAGUAAGAUUACUGCUCCCUCGCCACUGCCUCCAUUCUGCACAGCCACACUCCUCGGGGGCCCUAAUGUGGCAGGUGCUGAACGGACUGACAAACACCCAGGACAAAAUUCCUAAUCGCCAUGGUGACAUUGUGCCGGGGAUUUGCCAAGCCCUGCUUUAAUAUUAGAUAUAACUAGAUCAUGUCUUCACUAAUAUCACUUAUUACUUGGGUGAUGUCAUGGGAAGGGAUGCACAGCAAGCGGUGUGUAACAACCCAACAGCAUCAAGACAAACAAUGCUGAUCUGCUAACCUUUGAGAAAACAUUUCAGUACAAUUUUCUCUUUGCGUCAAACUAAUGGACCUGCCACCUUGAAAAUAAAAUUCCACUAUUUUUACACUUUGUUCCUUUGUGAAAUUACCCAUGAUGAAUCUCCCAACACUCCUUUAUAAUAUGUACGUGCAACAACAAAAAAUGUAACUAUUAACAAAUUAUUUACCUGCCAAAUCCUACUCGGAAUUUUAUUGUAUUUUUUUUUUUUUUUUUUUAAUUGGGAAUUUCAUUUUAUUAAAGGACAUUUUUUUUUUUUUCCAAACAAAUUUCAAAAAAAUGCAGGUGAUAUAUUAACAUGGCAAGGCUCACAAGUCUCAUAUAUAAUAAACAUGUUUAAUAACAAAAUGAGAUAUAUGGAAAUCUCCAGAUAUAUAAGAUUAGAAAAGACACGUAGGUCUCGAAUCAAGCAUAAUCAGGCUGUCCAAUCUACAAUAUGUGGUAUUGUUAUAUGAUUCAUGCAACUCUCUCCUCAACAACCUACUCUCUUUUUUUGGCCCAGCCUGUACAAAGAAUACUAUCUAUUUAGACUCUGGCACCAAAAAAAAAAAAAAUACUUUAUAUAUUCACUGACACUGAUCUCACCAUGGCCAUCACAUCUUCCCUGGCUGAUAUCAUUAUAGCCCUUAUGAUUCUUAUCCAAUCCAAGGAAGGAUUGGGAGCUAGGGUGCAUGCACAGCAAUCACCCCACUACGCCAGUCAGCAUCUUCUCAUAGAGAUGCAUUGACUCUGUUCACUGCAGUCUUUGCAGGACCUCAUCCAGGAAGUCCUUCUAGUGGCUGCCACUCAUGCAGCCAGUAGAGGUGUUGUUUAAGCUGCAAUCUAAACACUACUUUUUUUUUUCCGAUUCCCUAAUGCUGAUUGAAAACAGCUGUUUUAUUAUUUAUAAAGCACCAGCAAAUUCCAUGGAGCUGUACCAUUGACUCUUUGCCGAAUGCAUACAGAAACCCAACUUCUCAUUUUCAACAUGCACAUUAAACUUCUGGAAAGCAGAAAGGCCAUUCUUGUGUAAUAUCCAUGCACAACUACAAGAUUUAUUGAUAGAUUAUUAUUAUUUUUUGUUUUCUUGGAAUAUCUCCAUAAAAUGCAGAACUUAGGAAAGAUGACAGCUAUACCAUUGAAACAUUCCCCCAAACCUUCGUGUUAUGCUUCAGCCUUUAUACUUGAGUUUUUAUUUUAUUUUUCAUGGCAGGCUUUUGUAGCUCACUAGGUUUCCCUAGGGAAUGAUUAAAGCCUCAAGGAGUUUUAGUGGAAGCAGCAUUUAUAUUUGUAUCUGUGUCUCUCUGUCAUGCUAAGUCAUGAGAAGUUGGUUUCUAAGCUGUAUUUAGUCUUGUUGCUGACUUGAACAAUCAUUACUAAUUCUGCCAUUACAUCCAUCACUGACAAGAGCCUCUCCAUUGGGGAUUGAUGUGAACUAUCUAGAUCUCUGUGUGUAGUUAUUAUGAGGGGAGAUUUAGCAACGGUGCUGCUGACAAUUAUCCAUCUAAUUUCUGGCUCAAAUUAUAAAACUUGUCAUAUAUUUUUUUUUUUUUAUUUUUUUUUUAUUUAUUUUUUUAUAUUGGUUUCUUUUUUUUGCCACCUAACAGUUGUAAUUUUUUUCCUGUCGAAAAUGCUUUAUGAAUAUUUCCGCCAUUUUUUAGAGGCCAGGAAGUGGCAUAAUUUUUUUACCACUAUAAAUUUGGCAAUCUUCUGAGAUGGAAGAUUCAGUGAAAACUGGUGGAGUUUGCUAUGAAGAAAGCCAUCGCUUUUUAGAUAAAAAUAAAUAAAUAUGAUUUUUUAAAAUUUUAUUAUGAUGUAUUUAUCUAUUUGUGGUCAGAAAUAUAAAAGCUGUAUGUAAAUUGAGGGUGGUGCCGAAACCAAUGUAAAGGUAGGCCUGUAAAUAAGAAGCCCCACUAAGGUAAAAAGAAGAGAGAAAACAAAAUUAGGUACAAUAAUUUAAAUAAGGAGAAAUGGGUGGGAUGACCUGAGACAUUCCGCCCAGGUAGGCAAUUACAGGCCUGCAUCCUUAACACUUGUGUUCAGAACCAUAAAAGCUGUAUGUACAUUGAUUUUGGUGCAAACCAGUUGUGGUAGACUUGUAAAUAAGAGGGCAAAAAAGGUUGCAAAGAAAAUUACACUUUAUUACAUAAGAAUUAUAAAUCUAAACUUUUGAAUGCUUUUCUCAAUUCGUUCUCUGGAACGGUUAUAAACGGAGCCUUUUGAUUAUGUGAACUAGGGAAUUAACAGUGGCGGCUGCUAAUGCUGCCCCGAUUCUACAGGAAUGCCAAGAAAAAGAUGCAGGGUUGAAACAGUCUUAGGAACAGGGUCCUAACAUACAAAAUUCUCACUCAACACUAGCCAUUAGCGAAUAAAAAUAUAGACCCCCUGGGAGUAGACAUGCCCCUCUACUAAGUAUGCUAUGGCAUUUGUGGGCUUGUAGUGUCAAGUAACUAUUAUGGCCUGGCUUGCGUUUGGACUUAAAGGACCACUAUAGUGCCAAGAAAACAUACUUGUUUUCCUGGCACUAUAGUGCCCUGAAGGUGCCCCCAUAGGCGUGCGCAGCCUAUUGCAUUAGGGUGUGCACCCUAAAGCACAAGCACACGCCGCAUAUAUAUAUGUAUUUAUGUAUUUAUAUAUAUAUAUGUGUGUGUGUGUGUGUAUGUAUAUAUAUAUAUAUAUAUAUAUAUAUAUACACAUACACACACAUACACACACUGCUGUGUGUGUGCUGUGUGUGUGCUGUGUGAGGGUGCUGUUAGUGUGAUGUGUGUGUGACGGUGCUGGUAGUGUGCUAUGUGGGUGAGGGUGUUUGUGUGUGUGUGUGUGUGUGCUUGUGAGGAUGCUGUUUGUGUGUGUGUGUGCGCUUGUGAGGGUGCUGUUUGUGUGUGAGGGUACUGGCAGUGUGCUGUGUGUGUGUUUGUUAGGGUCGUGUUUGUGUUUGUGAGGGUACUGUUAGUGUGCUGUGUGUGUGUGAGGGCGCUGUGUAUGUCUGUGGGUGCUGUGUAUGUCUGUGGGUGCUGUGUAUGUGUGUGGGUGCUGUGUAUGUGUGUGUGCUGUAUGUGGGUGAUUGUGGAGGUGGGGGUACAUUAAUUGCUAUCCCCCCUCCCUUCUUACCUUUUGUAGGGAGGGGGGAUCGUGCUGCUGAUUCCAUCCCUGGUGGUCCAGUGGAGAGGGAACUCUAGCCCCUGUGGGGCUAGAGUUCACUCUCGCGAGAUUUGAACGUUGCCGAGGCAACGCUCAUAUCUCGCGAGAGGAACCUGGCGGAGCUGCCGGCAUUAGCUCCGCCGGGUCCUCUCCUGCCUCCCUCCCUGCAUGUGGGUCAGUGGGGAGGGAGGCUGAGAGCAGAGCCGGCGCUCAGAUAGCGCCGGCUCUGCAUGAGCCGACAGGGGAGAUCCUGAGAUCUCCCCUGCUGGUCUCAAUAUACAUAGGCGUGCGCGGGGAUUAGGGUGUGCCCAGGCACACCCUGUAGGCACACCCCGUGCGCACGCCUAUGGGUGCCCCCACCCUCAGUCCCCCUCCUGCCGGGCUCUGGAGAGAGGAAGGGGUUAAAAUCUUACCUUUCUCCAGCGCCGGGCGGGGAGCUUUCCUCCUCCUUUACUUCCUAGCGACAUCAACGGCUGAAUGCGCAUGCGCAGUAGGAGCCGCGCACGCAUUCAGCCAGUUCAUAGGAAAGCAUUUACAAUGCUUUCCUAUGGAUGCUGGCAUCUUCUCACUGUGAUUUUCACAGUGAGAUGCAAGCAAGCGCCUCUAGCGGCUGUCAAUGAGACAGCCUCUAGAGGCUGAAUUAACCCUCAGUGUAAACAUAGCAGUUUCUCUCCUUUGUUUGCAAUAAAAGCUGUUAGAAAAAAAAUAAGGGGUUUUUACUUACGUUCAAUCCAGUGCCAGGCAAAUCUCCAGGCACUGAUUUCCACACCCUGUCCUCAAAUCACAGGGACGUCGUGCAGUCCAAACACAGACCAAUUGCCAGCUCAGAGCACAUACACUAGGGAAGGGUAAGAGGAAGGAUUAUUUUUUUUUUCUUUAAACUGCCUGCAACAGAGGGAGGCAGGAGGGAGCACACACUGUGAGGUAGGGGACGGCUUUAUUCCCAUUGAAGGCGCUCCACCUGCCAAGGGAAGAUUUUUACAUCUAUUGUCACCAUGCAGUACGCCGUGGUGACAGAUUUAAAAUAUGCACAGAAUUGACAUUGUGUAACCUGGAACAGAAUUCUGGGAUGCCAGUGUCAUGUGUGCUGGGGGUGCAACUAGCUCCCAGCACACAGUUGCCAAUAACUCAGUUUGUUCAGUGUUUCAAGCUAAAGCACUGCAGAUACAUCCUUUACCAUCAUGGCCAUUUCAAAUCACUGAAGUGGUCAUGGUGGUUGGCAUUACCCUUUAAAUAAAACCGCUGUCGCCAUUCACCUACACAUUUUCUUUAUUGCAUCCAAUAUGGACUUUAUAUCUCCUUUCCAUCCAAUCUAUGCAGGGUGGGCAUAUACCAAAUACUUGCUUUCCUUCCCAGCUCUUGAAGAGAGACGGUGCCAUUACUACGUAAAUGUGCAGUCCACAGCUCCCGCAGUGUUUGUGUAUUGCUCCACUUACAAAACUGUAAGUGGGGCUGUUGCCAUACAGCUGCUGCAAUGAGCCUAUUAACUUAUUCAGCAGUUCCACUAAUAUUUUGUAAUGAAUGGAACUGCUGCCAGUAACUGCUCUACAUAUACCAUCAAGCUUUAGUAAACAGAGGUUUGUGGGAUACGAUCAGACGGAUAUACCACAAUUAGAGGCUCCUGAUUGGUAUAGCCUUUCUCUGGUCUGGCAUUGAGUUUGCUGCUUCCUUUCUUGGUCAUCUGAAGCACCUGCAGAACUAUUAUUUUAUUAUAUAAGUAACAAUAUGGAGAGCAUAUCAGACAUAGUGUAUCCCUUUAAAGUCCAAACUCUUUAAACUUAUUUAGAGAACAAAUUAAGGUUUUUGUUUCAUUGCUCCCUGAUGCAAAGGAAGUAUUAGAAUUAUGAAUUCGGAACGCAUAUUUAAAGUUUGUAGCGACAGGUUUGGCAGUACAUGAAGCCAUAGUGUCACCUUCAUGUGGAAGAUUGCCCUACUUUGGGGUAGUGUUCUCAAGUAGGCCCAUCCAAUCACUCGGAAAAGGAGGGAGGAGUGUGUUGCAGGGCAGGCAUUACUUUAGUAUAACACCCAAUCAUGGCGGCACUUGCACACUGGGAAAGAGUUGAGUAUUUACUCACUUUCUCCAAAAUUAAAGGAACAUUAUAGGGUCAGGAACAAUCAGCACCUCCUCAUAGAUAUGAAUUGAAUCAAUGCAUCUCUAUGAGGAAAAUUCAGCAUGGAGUCGCUGAACGGUAGUGAUGCCUACUGUGUAGCACUGCCCCAGGAACCGUCUCUAGUAGCCAUCUGAGUAGGGGCCAGUGGAGGUGUCCCUAGCGGGCAAUGUAAACACUGCAUUUUCUCUGAAAAGGCAGUGUUUGCAAGAAAAUGCCUGAAGGGACUGAUUAUACUCACCAGAACUACAACAUUAAAGGACCACUCUAGGCACCCAGACCACUUUAGCUUAAUGAGGUGGUCUGGGUGCCAGGUCCAGCUAGGGUUAACCCAUUUUUUUUAUAAACAUAGUUUCAGAGAAACUGCUAUGUUUGUAAAUGGGUUAAUCCUUCCUCCAAUUCCUCUAGUGGCUGUCUCAUUGACAGCCGCUAGAGGCGCUUGCGUGAUUCUCACUGUGAAAAUCACAGUGAGAGCACGCAAGCGUCCAUAGGAAAGCAUUGUAAAUGCUUUCCUGUAAGACCGGCUGCGCGCGCAGCUCUUGCCGCGCGUGCGCAUUCAUCCGAAUGGGAGGAGAAGAGGAGGAUUGGAGGAGGAGAGUACCUCAGGGCACUUAUAGUGCCAGGAAAACGAGUAUGUUCUCCUGGCAUUAUAGUGGUCGUUUAAGCUGCAGUUGUUCUGGUGACUAUAGUGCCCCUUUAAUUAUAUAAUUGAUCUUUAUUCAUUGCUUUAGAAGCUGUUAUCCUUUUAAGAUACCAUCAUCAUGGGUUCACUUUAAAUCAUUCCAAAGUCAAUAAAAGAAGUACCAGUAAGUCAGCUAUAACUCUGGUUGUAUUUAAAGACUAACAGUCUAAAUUGUUUGGGGGUUUUUUUGUGUGUUUUUUCCCUUCCUUUUUCUAGUGUGUUUGUAUCUUAAUUGUGAUUGUUCAAGUGAAAUGUUUGAACUUUGUCAUGUGAUGUUUGUUUUAUUUACCCAGUGCAUAUGACAUUUUAGCAAUUUGAAUGGAAUAAGACGUUUAUGCAACUCGGGGUAAUCAUUCCAUUUCCUGGGGAGAGGUUUAAGAAUUAUACAACUAAAGUCUCUGAACAUAAUUAUUUAGGUCACACAACAAAUUAUUUGAUUGCUUGAAGGUGAUUGAGUAGAACAGCUUCAGGUUUAAGAAAUUAUUUCAUUAAUUUUGUUGUAAAAUAUUUCAGACCUAGUUAAUUUCGGGUCAAGUGCAUGAAUCAAUGUCUUUGUAACGUGUGCAGCCUUAAGAAUUUUAGGAAUUUCCUUUUUUACUAGGAAAUGUGGUGUAUUACUAACAGAAAGCGAAAGACCAGAAGUAAAGCAGUCGGUUAUAAAAGUAAUGCAAAAUCACCCAGUGGUCAAACACGCUCUGUCUUAAACAGGAACUGUCACUUCCCAGGAUUUGAGAACAUAUUGGCAAAUAUGUUUUGUGAGGUUUGUAAAGUAAAAUGUAAAAAUACACACAUCUGUCUUGCAACUGGGUGCCACCAUAUUGGCUCCUUGUCAAUCAUCUUUAUAAUUUACUUAGAAAUCUUUUUUCUUUGUUCAUCUUUAUAAAUGUUGUCAUUUUCUGCCAGAUAUAAUGAAAAGAGAAGAAACCAAAACAUUUUCUCAUCUCAUUCUUAUUUGCAUGCUGUGCCUGGACUGGAUUGUGGUUUCAUUUCCUAAAGGUACACUAUAGGCACUCCGACCACUUUAGCUCAUGGAAGUGUUCUGGGUGCUUUGGCUCUGUCCUCCUUCGUCCUGCCAUGUAAAUAAUUGCAGUUUUAGAGAAACUGCAAUAAAUGCAUUGCAGGACUAAAACUGCAUUUAGUGGCUGUCAAUUAGGCAACCUCUAAAGGCACAUCCUGGUGGCUAACCAACUCUUGGUCGCUUGAUGCUGGAUGUCCUCACACCUAAUGGGCAUUAGUAUCCCCUUUAAUUAGAAUCUGUAAUAUAACCUUUAAAAGAGAGCUGAGCAACACAUGAAAACAUUUAUUCAACCACCAUGACCACUUCUGCUUUUUUAAGUGGUCAUGGUGCUAGGUGUCUGGAUGUGCAGUGUUUCAGCUUAAAACACUGCAGAUCCAGAGUUAUUUGUGUUCUGGGUAAUAGUUACACAGUUGGCACAUUUGACUUAGGCAGCCCAGAACUCUGUUCAGACUGCCUAAUGUCAGUUCUGCACGCUGGAGGCAGAUGUUCCCUGCUUCUGCCUCCCCUCCCUCCGUGUCUGCAGUUAUUAUUCCAUUUUCAAUUAUCAUUUUUUUCACUCACCCUUUAUUUUUCUCUGUUCUUAAUUUCCUCUCACUCCCUUCGCAUGCGCUCUUAGUCAGUUAAAUGUUCCAGUCAAAUACUUCUCUACAAGAAGCCUUUGAUUGGACCUUCAUGCGGCUCCUGUGAUGUCUCAAGGGAGUGUGCCAAGCAGUUUGUUGGAUUUGUGCUUGAUGUUUUCCUUAAAUAAUUUUUAAUUUUGAUCCAGUUUCCAAAUGUUUGUAUCUGUAAAAAAAUUAAAAACUACAGUGGUCUCAUAAGGUAAUGACAAAUGAGUAUUUUAAACAGAAAAAUGGCAUCCACGCUAAUUUUGAUUUACUUAGCAGUGAGACACAUUAGGGUAAUAGGUUAAAUCAUUACAUACAAACUUAAUUGUUGCUCUAAAUUGGGUUUGCUUCUUUUUUUCUUUCUUGUGACUACUUUUUCUUUUCUCAUUUUAGGAUACUCAACCCCUCUGGGUGGUAUGUUGAUCAAACAUCGGGUGAGACGGUGUCUGGCGCAAGAGGGAUUACUCUAAAACGGGGCACCCUCAACAUGGGCCAGUGUGUCACCAAGUGCAAGAACCCAUCCUCGACACUAGGCAGUAAAAAUGGUGAGAGGGAAUCCAGCAAGCAACCUAAAAGAAGUUCAAGCCACAAGGAGGAACACUCGGUUAGUGGGAAGGCAGCUGGAGACAUUCUUGUCAACGGAACAAAGAAAACAGAUGCCACAGUAGAAGGAAGCCAACAACAAGCACCUUCUGGUGACACCAAGAAAAAAGAGACUGGCAUGGGGGUGGAGAUGUCAUCUGUGCAGCGAAUCGAAGAAUUGUUUAAGAGAUACAAGGAUGAACGAGAAGAUGUCAUAUUAGAAGAAGGCAUGGAAAGAUUUUGCAAUGAUCUGUGUGUGGAUCCUACAGAAUUUAAAGUGUUAGUUCUGGCUUGGAAGUUUCAGGCCGCCACUAUGUGCAAGUUUACCAGGUCAGUCUUCCUACUGGUGGUUUCUGUCUGCGUUGUCACAGUAUUAUAUCCAGGUUUUCCCUCUUUAGUGGGCAACAUGGCAUCUGCCUAAAGAACCAUCAUCAAAUGGCAUUUUCCUCAACUUUGUUCCUCAUCAACUAGGAAUAAUAGCUAGUGUAAGGGAUGGGGCAGAGGUUUAGUUUGGGGGAAGGGGAGAAAAGAAUAAACGGCUACUCUGAUCAUCAUAUCCACUUCGGGCCUCUGUAGUGGUUAUGAUGCCAGAGGUAGCCUGGCCCGGUUUUCUGGUAAUGGGGCAAACCGUUUAGCACCGGUUUGCCCCCUUACCUGGCUCCCUGUCGGGCUCCGAGACUCCCUGGUGGUAUGGUGAUGUGCUUCUGGUUCUGCAAAACCCUGGUAUUGCCAUUCAUAGACUGAGAGCUUCAGCUGACCGCUCUCAGCCAGUCACUGACAUUCUGUGCAAUGAAAGUGGCACACAAUUGACAUUAACCAGGGUUAAACACUGCAUGUGCAGCAUUUUAUAACAAAACAAUGCACAUACAGACUCCAGGCACUAUGACCACUUCAAAUCCCUGAAAUAGUGAUGGUCCUUAAAGUAACCCUUUAAAGGAACUCUCAAUUUUUUUCAUUUUUUCCCUCCAAUGCUUAACUUGCUUGUAUUAUUUCCUCCAUGUUUGGCUGUGUGUUGCUUUUGCCAGCACUAUCCUGUUCCCCUAUUUUUCUGCACAGGCUAAAGAUUGAAAAGCCUGUUUGCUGAAGCCGAGCUUUCCAUUGCUUUUCAGUGCGCUGUUGUACAGUUAUAAAAGUACUGAUAGAUAUUGAAAUCAGCACUUUUAUACAUUGUUGAAAAUGUUUCAGCAAGGCUUUGUCACUUCGACACUGACGCAUAUAGAAGGCUUAUAAAUAAACUGCAAUCUUUAAGUUUGUAUUCCAAUAUUGUUGAACCGGUAAGGCAGUGACUGAGUCACAGGCAACCGAGGGUUGUAGUCAGUGGAGUAUAUUCAAAGCAUGGGCUUAUCAGUGGGGUACCUCAGGGAUCUGUACUUGGACCCAUCCUCUUUAACAUUUUUAUUAAUGAUAUUGCAGAAAUUUAAUUCAAAUAUAUGUAACAGGGUUGAUGUUCCAGGAGGUACAAGCCAAAUGGUAAAUGAUUUAGGUAAACUAGAAAAAUGGUCAGAGUUGUGGCAACUGACAUUUAAUGUCCGAUAACUGACGUUGCAUUAACAGACGUUUAAUGCAAGAUAAUGCAUCUUGGAUGUAAAAACCCAAGGGCAGAGUACAGAAUAUUUGAUCGAGUCCUAACCUCAACAUCUGAGGAAAGUGAUUUAGGGGUGAUUAUUUCUGAUGACUUAAAGGUAGGCAGACAAUGUAAUAGAGCAGCAGGAAAUGCUAGCAGAAUGCUUGGUUGUUUAGGGAGAGGUAUUAGGAGUAGAAAGAGGGAAGUGCUCAUGCCAUUGUACAGAACACUGGUGAGACCUCACUUGGAGUAUUGUGCACAGUACUGGAGACCGUAUCUCCAUAAGGAUAUUAAUACUUUUGAGAAAGUUCAGAGAAGGGCCUCUGAACGGGUUCAUGAAUUGCAGGAUAAAACUUAAAAGGAAAGGUUAAAGGAACUUAACAUGUAUAGCUUGGAGGAAAGACGAGACAGGGGGAUAUGAUAGAAACAUUUAAAUACAUAAAAGGAAUCAACACAGUAAAGGAGGAAACUAUAUUUAAAUGAAGAAAUUCUACCACAACAAGGAGGACACAGUCUUAAAUUAGAGGGACAAAGGCUUAAAAAUAACAUCAGGAAGUAGUAUUUUACUGAGAGGGUAGUGGAUGAAUGGAAUAGCUUUCCAGCUGAAGUGGUAGAGGUUAACACAGUAAAGGAGUUUAAGCAUGCGUGGGAUAGGCAUAAUGCUAUCCUAACUAUAAGAUAAGGCCGGGGACUAAUGAAAAUUGGGCAGACUAGAUGGGCCAAAUAGUUCUUAUCUGCCGUCACAUUCUAUGUUUCUAUGGGUCCCCAUAUAUAUGAUUAUUCAAUUACUGAUCAGGUGCGGUACGUCCUUCAAGUGAUCGUGAGUACAUGGAUAAUGUUUAUUAUUAUUUCUACUUUUUCUACUUUUCUGCUCAAAUUGUAAUUCUUCAGAGGCAUAUUUCACAUUAAAGCACAGCCUGGAGCAGUGUACAUUAUCUAUUUCAGCAAAAUGUUUCGUGUUAUCAAUAUGGUGGAUUUAGGAAUUAUCCCCUUAGCCUUUCUUAACAUACCGUUCUAUAGCUUUAAUGUUCAGAAACAAGAAUGUUGUAAAACUAUACUGUGUGUAUUUUCAUUUGUGAGUUGCUACUGUAUGUCUCUUACCUUGAAAUGCAAAAUCCUUUUUUUUUUUUUCUUUUCUUAAAUGUUUGGCAGCCAUUCUGGAAGUGGCAUACUAAAUACCAAAGGUGCAAAAGUGCAUCAGACCAAAAAAAUCCUAUUUGGCUCUGCAAGGUGGCAAGAAACCUUCAGUUAUAUGGAAUGCAUGUGUUCCUACAAUAAGCUAAUGUUCUCAGCCUAAGAGUUGAGUCCUCCACUGCAGCGCUUAGCUCAAGUAAGCGAACGCAGGGCUUGACACAUUUGUUUGGAAUCUAGGAGCCUGCUAAAAAAAUUAGGAGUUAGUGUUUUUAAAACUAGCAAAAUUUAAUUGAGUAGAAAUAUACAGUUCCUAAAGGGAUAGUAUAGUCACCAGAAGCACUACAGCUUAAUGUAGUUACUCUGGUGCCUAUGGACUGUCCCUGUAGCCUUUUCAAUGUAAACGUUGCCUUUUCAGAGAAAAGGUAGUGUUUACAUUGCUGCCUAGUAACACCUCUAGUGACAGUCACUCAGACAACCACUAGAGAGUCCUGUGUCCGUGCUGCACAGUGUGCAGCACAUUUGUCCAGUGUCUCCAUGCUCUGCAUGGAGCUGCUGAAUGUUACCCAUAGAGUUACCCAUAGAGCUAAUCCAGGACUUAGGGUCUACCCUGUUGUGUCUAAGGUGGUUUUAGAAAAAAAAAAAAAAAACCUUGGACACAACUGGGUAAUCUCUAAAUGCUGGAGUGUUAGGGGGCACUUGAAUACUGGGUUAGGAACCACUGGUAUAGGGAAUCAAAAAAAUUCCCCUCUCUGUCUUAUUAGAGAUUGUGCCUUUUUGCCUCAAAGCAGCAAGGUGAAUUGUUGGUGUAGGACUUGCUAAAGAGGUUUUGCCUUGAUGUGGCAGGUGAACUUACAAUCUAAUGGCCAUUGGAGUGAUACUAAAAACCUCCAGUUAACUAAAUGUGCAUUUGGAUUUUGGAACGUGUGCAGGUAACAAAAAAAAAAUGCUACUGGGUCUUGUACUCAUUUUUUACUGCUGAAGAUGUAUCACGCUGGUCGGUGCAUUUCCAUUUGGUAAAUACAGUACUAUUCACAAUUUUUUCUUUUUUUUUUCUUUUCCAGGAAGGAGUUUUUCGAUGGCUGCAAAGCCAUCAAUGCAGAUAGCAUUGAGGGGAUUUGUAACAGGUUCCCUAGCCUGCUAAAUGACGCUAAACAGGAGGACAAAUUUAAGGAUCUAUACCGCUUCACCUUUCAGUUUGGCCUGGACUCCGAAGAAGGUCAGAGGUCUCUUCACCGGGAAAUAGCCAUCGCCCUGUGGAGACUAGUGUUCACUCAAAACAAACCCCUCAUUUUGGACCAGUGGUUAGAUUUCCUAAUCGAGAACCCCUCAGGAAUCAAGGGAAUCUCCCGGGACACAUGGAACAUGUUCCUAAACUUUACUCAGGUGAUUGGACCAGACCUUAGCAAUUACAGUGAAGAUGAGGCCUGGCCUAGUCUCUUCGACACCUUUGUGGAAUGGGAAAUCGAAAACCGGAGAAAGGAGAAGGAAACCAAAUGUAUUACAUUUUCAGGCACAGACGAUCUGAGUAUAGACAAACAAACUUAGCAACUUGCAAACCGCAAAAAAAAAAAAAAAAAAUGCAUUCUGGCCACCUUCAUUAAAUGUAAACUCUGAACCUUUUCUGGAAAUUUAAUGAAGAACUCAUAAUUUUUUUUUUCUUUGUUUUCUUAAUACACCUUUUUCUGCCUUCUAUUUGAAAGGGCUCUAAAUGCUGAUAACAUAUUUCAGGCACUUUCUUACCAUUUGGUUGGUUCUUUCUAACUAUAUUAUAUUUGUUUUUUAAAAUAUGGAAUUCCUCUUAAGGUGCCAGAAAGUGUUUUCAUCUUUAUAUUUCAGGUUUGCCUGGCACUAACAAACACAACAAGGCGCUUGGAAUGGGGGGGAGGGGUCUGGGUUUAAUGACCCACGGGAGAAUUUUAUUUAAUUUAACCUUGUUGAUGUCAUUGGAAUUUGCAAAGCAAUGCAUUGUGGGACCUCUGGGUAAAAAGUAGCGAUGACCCGGCUCCUUAACACAUCAUGUGCCCUCUUUAAAUUUUACCUUUUUUAUGUUAAAUUAUUCACGGCUGGAGAUUUUCAUUAAUACGCUAGUCUUUGACAACUAGAAAGAGUAUAAAGUUCCAUCGUUGUGUAACUUUUCUUCCACUCUUAUUUACUGACCUUUGUUCCCCGACUAAUGAACCUUUUGUGAGAUUUUUCCAGCCUUGAACCCCCUUUGGUGCCAAAGGGGCUUGCAACAAAACUGUAUGUCUGUCUAUCUGGCAUGUAAAGGUUUUAAAAUAUGCAGCCCUUAAUGAGUGAGCCAGGGUCAUGUUUUUUUAUCCUGUGUUUCAGGGUAGUUCCUUACUGUGUGUAGUGCUGUUUACAUUGUUGGGUUUUAAGAUUUGUAAUCGUUCAGUGGGGUUCAGAAGGGAACUCGUUUUUUCAGACGUUAUAUCAGAGCAUUAAAUGUAUAUAUGUGCAUUUAGUUACAACGUGCAAGACUCCUGCAAAAAGAAAAGGAAAAAAACCCUUGUUAAAAAAAAAAAAAAAUAAUCACGCUUUUCAAGUAAACCUGUAAAAUAAUAUACCUUAUCCUAUUUGUGUAAUGGAAAUGAAGAACAACUGUCCCAGUUUAUAUUUUAUUUUUGUACCCUUGAAUCUUUCUGUGUACUUUUUCUUUUUCUUAAUUAAUUUAAAUCCCACAAAUACGGAACACAAAAGAAAACUAGCUUAUUGGAAUGUGUUUCAACAGGACCAGCUAAUUUAACACAGGUUGUGUUACCUUUUACUUGCUAAACAACAGAUAAAUUGUAGUUUGUGUGGCUUAAAAAGAAAAAGAAAAAAAAUUAUAUUUCUGCUUAACCCCUUCAGGACAGAUGAUAUGUCUUAAUUCACAUUAAGAAGGGGUUUGCAUAACCCUGGCCCUAAGGGGUUAAAUAAUUCUGUACUGUCGUUAUAUGAAGACACUAAAAGGCAUAGCAAACUGUCACUGCAAUGUUACCCCAUUUUAUUUGAUUUUGCUAAGCCACUUUGUACUGUAAUGGACCAGGAGUAAGGCAAAUAAAUAUUCCAUAUUGUUAAUUUCCUAGUCCGGCGGGGGGGGAUAUAUAUAGAUAGAUAUAUAUAUAAAAUUUGUUUUAGUUAAAGCAUUCAUUCAUUCAUUUAUACCCAAGUCCUUUGUACCAAGCUAAUUAACUGAGCAAGCUAAGUGCUGUUGGACUGCAACUCAUUCUAAUCUUUCAGCCACUUGGCUUGGGCAGAUAGGAGUAGUUGUCAAACAGACAAAGGAUUGUAGGUGUAUUUAUUUAAUUAUUUUUUUAUUUUUAUUUUUUACUUUUUGUUAUUCUUUGAUUUCUUUCAAACACAUCAACAAAUUCCUAAAAAGCAGCACUACCUCAGUUUUCUGGUUUUAUUUUCCUUGUUCCCAUUGGUCAGGAGAUAGGACUAAAAAAAAAAAAACCCCGUAAUUCUCAGGGCUAAUGAAGAUUUAGGAGAACUACUUAGGAUUGGAAAAAAACCUCUACAUCAAAUUGACUUGAAAGAAAACUGUGGCAUCAAACACUGCUUUUGAUUUCUGACUUGUAUCCUAUACAAUAAAACAGAAUGGUUUAAAAUCAUUUUACUAAUGCACCCAAGUUUGGAGGAAUUAUUAAGGUGUUCCUUUCCAAAUCAAAUUAUUUAUUUUUUUCCCAACUCCGUCCGCACCCUUACAAUACACAGCAAAUGUUUAAUUUAUCUCUGUUUAUAU